GUUAUUACAAAACCACCCCUCCUCGAUUCCCGCGCAGUAUUAGGCGGCGGCGCCGUUCCUCUUCGCUCGAGGCGCCCCCACUUUUCCGUUAAUCUCGCAACGCUUCGACGGGGGUAAUUUCGUAAUUUCGCAUCCGGCGAACAACGCGAGCAUCCGAGGGGAGCAGGUGAGCUCCUUCUUCUUCUUCUUCUCCCCCAUUUCUCACUCCCCUUUUGACUUAGAGCGGGGUUGGAAUUAGGGUUAGGGUUAGGGUUUCUUCUGUUGGAUCUUUCUGCUAGUUGGAUCCGAAGCUUACGCCUUGACGGAAGAAUCUCCGGCGAUUUGUUAUAAGUUUGAGGGAAUUAGGUGGGUGCUUAGAUUCUGAUCCUCUAAAGAGUGAUCAAAGGAAAACAAUGCGAGCGCCGUCGCUCCUUUCGCAAUGCUUGCCCGGAUUAUUACCCCACGACAAGGCGAGCCAUUGUGUUAACGUAGUCUCUGAAAAGGAUCUUCAUCUCCCUUCACCUGCGGUCGAGAUUAUUCCAUCAAAGAAUGCUCACCCCUAUAAAUAUGCUGGAGAGAAUGUGGAAAUGCAAGGCCUCAACAUCUUCAAGGGAAGAGUUAGUGUGGCUGAUAUUGUUGGGUUGUCGAAAUCAGAUGCAAUGACCUCAAAAGCCGAAGGGCCACUGAAAUCCUGGGAGAGUUCAAUCGAUCUCGUAAAUGUUCUUAAGAAUGAAAUACGCGAUGGGCUAUUGAGCUUUAGAGGAAAGCGUAUUCUAGAGCUUGGUUGUGGCUAUGGUCUUCCUGGGAUUUUUGCUUGCCUAAAGGGUGCUUCCACGGUCCAUUUUCAAGACCCAAACGCCGAAACAAUAAGAUGCAAAACCAUCCCCAAUGUUCUCGCAAAUCUCGAGCAGGCUAGAGAAAGGCAGAGCCACCAACCGGAGAGCCCCCUCACCCCAUCUCGCCAACAACUGCCCCAUGACAUCCAUUUCUACGCAGGGGAGUGGGAGGAGCUCCACACGGUGCUCUCAGUAGUUCAAAAGGACAGUUUUGAUGUAGGGAUGGGUCUUGGAUUUUCCGAAGACGAUCUCAUGGAUGGGUAUAGCAGUCAGGACGGAAGCAUUGUUGGCCACGAAACUUCUUCUAGAAGAUCAAGGAAGCUCAGCGGGAGUCGUGCAUGGGAGAGAGGGCACGAGGGGGAUGUAGGAGAUGGUGGGUAUGACAUUGUUUUGAUUAAUGAGAUCCCUUACUUGUCGGGUGCUCUUCAAAAUCUUUAUGCACUCAUAAAGAAGUGCUUGCGACCACCGUAUGGGGUGCUGUAUUUGGCUGCGAAAAAGCACUACGGUGGUUCCAACAGCGGAGCACGGCAACUGAAAGCCCUGGUAGACGAAGAAGGCACGUUCGGCGCUCAUCUCGUCUCCGAACUGGCUGACAGGGAAAUCUGGAAGUUCUUCUUCAAGUAAAGCUGCAAAAUUGGCCGAGCCAAGAGAGAACAGAUAAAGAUCGUUUUGGUCACUGCUUUGUUUCGAAUUAUUAUGUAUAUAAAGCAUCAAUUUGUACUCUUUCUUCUUUCUUUCGUUUCAGUAAUAAUGUUAUGGACCACAGAUUCGGUGAAUAAUUUCAUUUUUCGUCAAAUGUUUAUGCGUACGCUGAGGUAUCAGUUUGUGUUUAAAUUACACUGCAGGAUAGACUAUUUUGAGUUCAAA